UCACCUUUGUUUUCUGCCACACCCUUAUAUAAAAAAUUUGUACGAUGGGAUGUUCAAUUGGAAUCAUGUUUAUCCGCUCCUAGUUUUAUAAUUAAAUAACACUCUCUCUCUCAAUUAUUUCUGCCGUAAAUAGACAAGGGUUAUCUCAAAUAAUCAAUCUAAGCUAGCUGAAAGCAACAACAACAACAUGGGGAGGGCACCUUGCUGUGACAAAUCAAACGUGAAGAAAGGCCCUUGGUCGCCAGAUGAAGAUGCCAAACUCAAAUCCUACAUCGACCAGCACGGAACCGGAGGGAACUGGAUUGCUUUGCCACAAAAGAUUGGCCUCAAACGAUGUGGCAAGAGUUGCCGUCUCAGGUGGCUAAACUACCUCCGCCCUAAUAUCAAACACGGUGGUUUCUCUGAAGAAGAAGACAACAUCAUAUGCAGCCUCUACGUUUGCAUUGGAAGCAGGUGGUCGGUCAUUGCAGCACAAUUGCCAGGAAGAACUGAUAAUGACAUAAAGAACUAUUGGAACACGAGGCUGAAGAAGAAGCUUCUAGGGAAGCGCCGUAAGGAACUACAGGCACGAAACAAAGGAAACGGUGUCGUUGAGCACGAGAACAAUUCCUCACUCUUGCUUCAGGAAAACAGUGCUCAACAAUUACAUCCAUGUUGGCCACAGAUUCCUGCAGUGUUGCCACUUUCACCCUACACAAACCAAAGUCCAAGUUUCAACGACCAAGACUCUAUUAGAAAGCUUCUAAUCAAGCUUGGAGGGAGAUUCUCCGAUGAUUAUCAACGCAUCCUUGACGGGUUGAAUCUUCAGUUCCCACAUGGUUCUCUCUCAUCAACACAACUUCUUCAAGAGGAGCAAGUCCAUUUUGUUUCUUCUGCAGGGUGCAUGAACUCUAUUGGCAACAACCAAGUACAGUUUGGUCAGAGCAAUGAGUACCGUGCUGAGUUGGUGCAAGGACAAAGCAGUUUCACUACCACUACAGUUGGGGAAAUGGUUUCUGCUAAUGAUUAUUCUCAAAGGUUAUUAGGUGGGUCGUUGGAGUUCUUCUAUGGGGAGGAAAUGAUUACCGAUAAGAUAAUGGGUGGUGCUUGUGCUUCUUCAAGUUGUGGACAAAGUACUGAUUGGGGUGAAACCAGUUCUCUGAUUUAUCCUCCUCUUGUUGCUUCGAAUUACGAGGGUGUGCGUCAAGAGAUGCCACGAGAAUGUGUUUUUCAAGAGUUAAGCUACCCGGGGGCACAAUAGCAUGUGUACAUUACUAGUAUUUGUUAUCAAUUGGUGGAGGUUGGAAUUAUGUGUAUCCAAAUUGAAGCUAGCAAAAGAGAAUUAAGCUUGUAUUUGAUUCCCAUAUAGAUAAUAAAAUCAGCUUGAUUUAUAUAUAA